AUGCUCGCGCUCACCCGCGCUCGCGCGCAGCGCACCGCUCCACCCGCCGCGUUCGUCGUUCAAGCCGAGCGCGCGCGGACGUUAUCGCCGCUCACCGACGUCACGCCCGUGAACAUUGGAGACGAUUCGCCCACGUGCGUCGCGUUGGACCAGAGCGAGCGCCGGUACCUGUUGAUCGGGACGAUCAGCGGUGGAUGCGUCGUCGCGGACACGGAGGCCAACGCCGAGGCGCCGGUAGUCGUGUGUCGAAUCAGCGGUCGCGGCGCGCGGGUGCGCGCGGGAGAACGCGGCGAUGGGAAUCAAAGCGCGGCGAGCGGGACGGCGAGCGGGACGGCGAGCGAGGCGCCGGGACACGCGUACGCGACGUCGUGCGCGUCGUGGCUCCCGAGCGACACCGGAGGGUUUUAUACGGGUGGUUUUGAUCACGCGGUGAAAUUUUGGGACGCGAACGCGGCCGAGGUGGCGAGCGAGAUCGACGUCGGGGCGAAAGUCCGAGCGGUGGCGCCGAGCGGCGCGGCGGGGAGCGGCGCGCUGUGCGCGAUCGGAAGCGACGAUGACGUCGUUCGAUUGUGGGAUCCCGCGUCGAACGCGAUCGCGCACACGCUGAGUGGGCACCGAGGGGGGGUGAGCGCGAUCGAUUGGUUGCGAUCGAGCGAAUACGCGCUCGCGACGGGCGGCGCGGAGGGCGACGUGCGAGUGUGGGACAUUCGCAGGGCGGGAGCGUACAUGAUUUUAGAUCGACACAACACGCAGCCGAGCGCGAGGGUGGACGCUAUUAAGGAUGCGAUGUACGCCGGGGCGAGCGUGGUGGGUGGGACGCACGAAGCUGGGCCUAGGCCGGCGUCGAGGAAGAUGGCGGAUGCGGUUCCGGAACACUUGCGCGCCGACUCGGCCAGACGAUGCUCAAGCUCAGGAUGGGGGCGAUCGAACGGCGCGAGCACGAGCGGAGGCGGUGGCGUAAAUCGCAAGCGUGCCAGGAACGGGGGAUGGGGUGGUUGGGGCGUCGGCUUUCGAGGGCGAGGUCGCGGCGAUGACGACGAGCGUCGAUCGUCACGCGUCUUCCCAGCGCGAGACGGAUACUCCUCCGUUUCUGCUCCAGCGCACGACGGUCGAGUGAGCGCGGUGAAAGUGACGCCAUGUGGUAUGUUUCUCAUCUCAACCGGCGCGGACGGAAGGAUCCGUCGGUGGGAUUUAUCGAAUGGAUUGAACACGUACACGCCGUAUGACGAAUCCGGCCUCGCUCCGACAUCCGUGGCGUGUCAGAUCGCUAUCACCGCCGACGGUGAGCGUCUCUUCGUGCCAUGUACAGAUGGACGCGUGCGAUCGUACCGGACGCACACCGGCACCAUGGAUGCCGAGCUUCGAGCGCACAUGGACGACGUCUUCGCGUGCGCGUACAAGGAUGGCGGCGACGCCGAGCUCUUCACGUGCGGAAAGGACGCCAACGUCCUCGUCUGGCGUCCGGCCAAGGGCUCAAUCGACAACGUCGCUGUGGAUGGCGACGAUUGGAGCGACGAUGACGACGUGAUCGACCGAAGACUCCUUGAUCCGUCCUCGACCCACCGCGGCGGUUUGGGAUACCGCUCGAUUCGGCGACCCGUCCGAUGA